AACUUCUGGCCGCAUUGUCCGUCGUUCUGUAAAGACCCACUGCAUCCUCCGUCAAACGUAGUCCUUAUCCGUCGGAAACAGCAGAAAAAAUGCUACUUUCAAUCCCCCAUCUCACUCCCUUUUCCCCGUUUCUCCGGCCAACAUCCCCCAAACACGGACAUUAUAGCUCGAAGAAGUUAAUUUCAAGAACUGGGCAGCUCUUGGUUAAUGAAGAUAAACCAAGAGCAAAAAUUAUGACUUUUGGAAGCAGUAAAGAUGAAGUGGAUGUUCCUCUUGAGGCGGGUGAAUGGCUUUUUCUUGGUAUGGAUUUUGGUACAUCAGGAGCUAGGUAUGCUGUUAUUGAGAAGGACGGGACUAUACGGGCCGAAGGGAAGAGGGACUAUCCGCUAUAUAUGAGCAAGGAUACAGUGGAUUGGUUGGGCUCAUGGAAAACGACCCUUCAUUCACUUCUUGAUGAUGUUCCCAUUAGUCUCCGACCAUUAAUUGCUUCUAUUUCUAUAGAUGGCACGUCUGCAACAACAAUCAUUCUAGACAGUGCAACUGGAGAACCAUUAUGUAGACCUUUGCUGUACAAUGAAAGUUGUCCUGAUGCUUUGCCAGAAGUUAAGUCCAUUGCCCCAGUAAACCACACAGUCUGCUCUGGUUCUUCUACACUGUGCAAGCUUGUAUCAUGGUGGAACUCUUAUGAUUCGAAUAAAGAAUCUGCAUUACUGUUGCAUCAAGCAGACUGGCUCUUGUGGCUUCUUCAUGGAAAGCUCGGGGUGUCUGACUAUAACAACGCUCUAAAGGUUGGCUAUGAUCCUGAACUGGAUUCUUAUCCAACUUGGCUGCUCUCUCAGCCAUAUUCAUAUGUUUUGCCUUCCAUCCAGGCACCAGGAACUUCAAUUGGUCCUAUAAAGGAGGACAUUAGGAUGCAAUUUGGGUUUCCAAAAGACUGUGUUGUAUGCACUGGAACCACUGAUAGUAUAGCUGCUUUUCUUGCUGCACGUGCUACACAACCUGGGAAAGCUGUAACAUCUCUUGGUUCAACCCUUGCCAUAAAACUACUAAGCACUAAUAGAAUCGAGGAUGCACGGUUUGGCGUAUAUAGCCAUCGCCUUGAUGAUAAAUGGCUUGUGGGAGGAGCUUCAAACACGGGCGGAGCUGUUCUUAGACAGAUAUUUACAGACGAGGACCUGGCGAAAUUGAGUGAGCAUAUUAAUCCCAUUGAAGCCUCCCCUCUAGACUACUAUCCUCUGCAAGCAGUUGGGGAGAGAUUUCCAGUGGCUGAUCCGAAGAUGGAGCCUAGGUUACAUCCACGCCCGGAAAGUGAUGUUGAGUACUUGCACGGUAUUCUAGAGUCAAUUGCCCGUAUAGAGGCCAAGGCUUACAACUUACUGGAAGAUCUCGGGGCAACCAAGGUUGAAGAAGUGUUCACAGCAGGCGGUGGUGCGAAAAACGAGAAAUGGAUAAAGAUACGGGAGAGGGUACUGGGUCUGCCCGUGAGUCGGGCACCUCAAACAGAGGCUGCUUACGGAGCUGCAUUAUUGGCACUGAGGGGUACUGCACAAUAGAAGAAUGGAAGUAGGAAAAAAGACAGUGGGAUGAAUAGCGGAUCGCUAGUUUGAGCAGCAGAUGAUAAACGACUUGAUUCUUUUAUCUCACCAAUUUAGUUUAUAUGUACAACUAUAAUCGUCUUAUACGAUCAUAUCGAUGCGGUAUAUUUGCGAAUAACUUCUUAAUCUGUUCUGGAGAAUACCGGUGGACAAUAAAGAUUACAUUCGCCUUAUCGCCAUGCUAAA